ACAUUGACCCCAGUGGAUCUUAUGAAAACCUUUCCAUAAUUUUACUCAAAGUCAACGAGAAUCACAGCUGAUCGCUGUGAAAAAUGUUAAGCGACGACGUCAAGUAUAACUGCAGCAAUGACAGUGUUCCUAAUAUGACAAAUUUUAGAGCAAAGAAAGUGAAAGUGAAAUUGCUUCCCUUCCUGAUAUACACCUUAACAAGCAGGCACAGAAGAUGGCCGGGAUGCACAAGACAAUGAAAUCAAUUGAAGCAGAAUUCAAGGAAAAACUUAAAAAAAGAGGUUUGAAGCAAACAACCACUGAUAAAUGUAAUGUCAUGGUGGUUUUCUGCCCCAUUGUUUCUCGUGCUGGAACAGACAUAAGUGCUGCACUGAGUCAACUUGUUAAUGUUUUCCAACUAGUCAUCCUGGUUGUGCUCCAUCACACGUUCGACCCAGAUAAAACUAUACCAGACAGCAACGCUGCUGUAAACAGAGAGGACACAUUUGCAGUGGACUUUCUGUUCUAUGAGGAUACAGGAUUACUGCAAUGUCAGAAGAAUGAAGAGGCAUUUGAAACAUUUGCAAAAUACCUAAAAUCCCAGAAUAUAACCUCAUAUGCAUACUUCAAUGACAUUCAUACAAUUCCAGACGAAUACACAGACGAUGAAGAAAGACGAUUAAUCACUCCAGAACAAUCCACUACACAGCGGUGGAAGUGUACGAAAACUGAUUGGUUAAUUGUGGGUUUGUUGUUGUUGUUGUUGUUUGUUUUACUGUGGAAGUGUACGAACACUGUUUGGUUAGUUCUGGGUUUGUUGUUGUUGUUGUUGUUUGUUGUACUGUAUUUGUAUCUCCGGAAGCAACCUGGGACAAUGUAAGAUGACUUGUCCUAUUGAAAGGAUUACCUGUGACAUGGCUGCAUGGGUCACUCAGUAGAACUUUACUUGUCAAACAUAUAAUGAAUGAGAUAUGCUGAUCAAGAAUAUCAACUUAUUAACUUUUCCAAAUUCAUCUGUAUGCUUUUAAUCAUUAGAAUUAUUUGACCUGAAAUAAUUAUGUAGUUUUGCUAUGCAAUGUUAGAGUCAAAUGACUGCUGCAUGUUAAGCUGUAAGCAGAGCAGCCAAUAACUCCUCGAAAAGAUGUCACUUCUGCAAUUGAAACUGCAAACAAUUAUUCAGUAAAAGAACUUUGACUGGCUUCAACUUUGACUCCUAAGCUUUCUUCUCAUACUGAUUAUGGGUCUUAACUGUAAUAUUCCCCUUACGCUAGACAUCAAGUUUACAUCAAGUUAAGCUGACUCAAAAGAUCCCACCCCGAUGUCUCUACAAUGUUCUAAUGCAGAGAUAUAAGCUUUGUUUAUUCUGUUCCUCUGUUUGGUUGCUAGGGAGUGAAUUGACAUCUACCAGUGAUUAUACUCCAAACCACAAGUAAAAGACCACAUUAUGUUACUUUAGAGCAAUUGUCAAAAUAAAAGUGAAAUUGCUUCCCUGCAGAGUUUUGCUUCAACCCUAAUCAAACACACCUGAUCCAGCUGCAAGGCCUGCAUACUAGAAACUUUCAGGCAGUUGUGUUGAGGGAAGUUUCAGCUAAACUCUGUAGGAGACGGCCCUCCAGUUUUGUACUGCAAUGGUGGACCAACUAUAUUUUAUAAGUUAUAACAACUCAUCUGUAGUUAUAACAGCUAAUCUCCAGUUAAGGUAAAUAAUAGUAAGUUAAAAUGACUUGUAAAUCUGAGUUGAUUCAACAAAAAAAUUUAAGGCAGCAAAGAUUCUUUAUUAUUUUUUCCUGCGGAAGUGAAUGGACCACCUGGGUGGUUGUCUGUAUUAGGCCUAUUUGUAGUCAUGUGUUUGUGAACUGCUUUUGUGUACUCCCUCUUAUUUAAUUGUGUAAUAUAUUCAUUUUCAUUUUCCUCUGUUUUACAUGCAUA